AUGAAAAAGACAGAGCUGUGGAACAGGCGGCUGAGGAGAGACAGAAGAGCGCAAUGUGAGAUGAAACGAACGAGGAGAGACGACCAAGUAGGGCUGAGCGAGAAAUCGCGAGCGGUACCGAGAGGCAGCAGAGAGAGAAAAGGACUUUCCCGAGGUAUAGAGACCUACAUAUUCCAUGGGGCCAAUGAGACGGCGCAAUGUGGCGGCAUGGACGUUCCGUCCUUUUCUGGUCCCAACGCUGCGAGAACUCAGUUGCUCACGAGCAUCCGUCGACUGAUGAACAUGGUCUCUUAUACGUCGAACAGCGUGAGUGCCGUGUUUGCGAUGUGCCGUUACGCUCUCUUCUUCGUGGUAACAAUUGUGGCUCUCAGCAGGGCUGACAAUGCUGAGAGCGGCCUAAAGGUGGAGAAGAUGUAUAUGCCCGAAGUAUGCGACGUCAGGUCAAAGAAGGGCGACCAGCUGACCAUGCACUACACCGGCACGCUCCAGGAUGGCAGCAAGUUCGACUCAAGGUCAGUGACAGCACGCGAAAGAUCGAACUACAGAAUGCAAAUUGAAUAG